CGAGGGCUUGGAAUUUACAAAGAUUCCAAAGAAAUGUAACCAUGGUGUUCCUCCUGUUUCGCCUGAUGCUUGUAUCAAAGAUACCGUCACUACUGAAAUGUUUGAGGAUGUCUGGAGGGAUGUGGUGGAAAUUAUACGAGAGCUUAUAAGGAAGCAGUGGGAGAAUGAACUCACAGAUGAGGAUACACAAAUGGUUAACCUAGAAAAUACAGAUGGCAAAUUGUUACCUGUGCCUGCAUCCCGUGCAACAGUCGACACCUUCAAUAUUCUGCCCUCCAGAGGCUCUGAGUUAAGAAGUACAUCCUUCUGGUCAAAUUUUAUUACAUCACAGACCUCUCGUAUGCCAUGUGCUUUCCACAGUAGUUUGAAAGGUGUUAUGACUAUACAAGCCAAACCCCUGCAACAGAGGCAUGCUGGAUUAACAGAGAAGACACAUUGCGACCAUGAUGAGAAGUACCUACGUAUGGGUUCCAGUGUUCCGACCUCAGCUCGGAACCGACUGGGCCGACUACAAGACCACAGUAUUUUAUCCUCAUCCAGAAUGAUGCAAACAGCUUCCUGCAAACCAGUAGCUCAGCGCAAGCUGCCAGUGCUCAGCUUAGAGGCACUCCGGUCCAAGACCCGGAAUGUUUACAGAGAUGAAGUUCUCAGGGGAACAAAACUGAAUACUGGUGCUGAUUGCGUAUCCUCCCCGUCCGUACAUACCACAAGGAAAACACAAUUGCCACCCAUUAACUCAGAAACAUUGGAAAAGAAUCUUUCAGUCCCUUGUAAUCUGCUGUGUAGAAGAAGGUACCCACACAGCAGAGGGUCCAGUGCCAUUCCUGAAAGCACAGGUCGACAGCCUCUCAGGGAACGGCUCAUUGCCUUGGAACAUUUCUCAAGACCCAAUACAACACACACUUUCAGGUCAGACUCCCCUUUGGAUUUUGCUUGCCAUAGUCGGACUGGGAGAGGAUCUUUUACAGCUGACCAUGAGGAUAUCGGUGUGACUGGGGUCAGCAUUGGAAUUUCUUGCUGUGGUUCCAGUAACUUCCCUGAACCUCUGCAUCGUCAACAACGGCAGCUUUUAAAUCACACCUUCAUUGAAGGUGAAGAAAAGGGAUGCCAACCACCAUGGGGUCCACAUCAGCAGCCAAGAGCUUUAAAUCGGAAUCUAACAUAUGGAAAAAAGAAAUUUCAGAUGGUCUCAUCAUGAAUUGUAUUCAGCUAAAGAGGGACAGGGUAUACAAGAACA